CAUACGCACGCACUCGCCCACUCUGUUCUGUCCUGGCUUUCUUCAUCUCACGGACGACAAAAAAAAUCUCACGACAGAUCAGAGAACAACACAGAGGAGGAUUACCUGUGGUGGUUAAAAGGGAAAAAAAGUUCUCGUUAUAAAAAAAGGGGGAAAGAAAGGAAUAUCCACAGUGUUUGUGUUAGCUACCAGCAGCUGGGAGAUUCCUUCAAAACUUACCUACCUACCUACCGGCGAGGCACUGCCUGCAUCCGAUAAGAGAUCUGGUCCGACAAAUACGAGGAGAAGGAGGGGGUGUGGAGAAAAGGAAGAAAACGAAGAGAGAAAGGGAGAGAGAGACUGUGAACAUUCAGUUGGAGUGGAAAAGGUCAGGAAAGCCAAAGUCACAAGUGAAUUUCACUAGCACAGAGCUAGAACAGCGAGGGAGAAGUACAUUUGAAACGCUGAAGUCAGAGGUCUCUUUGAAGAAGGUGGUAGACAGUAGACUGCAUCCUAGUGCUUAGUAGUAAAUACUAAACGGUAAUUGUUACAAGGAGAGUGAAAAGGUAAGCCACACAGUGCGGAGCUUGCAGCCAGUAUAAGUGGGACGGGUGCAAACGGCGUCUGGGAAGCGACACAGAGCAGGAGAUCGUGGUGGAAUUCACGUGGAUUUUGCGGCGGCUUGCAGUGUGAACCGCAGUGAAGAUGCGUGUGUCCCCGCUGCUGGUCCUGUUCUGCCUCCUCUGCGCUGGACACGCACAGAAGUUCUCUGCACUCACGUUCCUGCGUGUGGACCAGGACAGGGAGUGCAACAUGGAGUGCAGCGGCGUCCCGCGGAAGCCCCUGUGCGCCUCGGACGGGCGGACCUUCAUGUCACGGUGCGAGUUUCUCCGCGCCAAGUGCCGCGACCCCCAGCUGGAGGUCAUCCGAGGACCCUGCAAAGACACGUCCAGGUGUGUGGCAGAGAAGAAGUACACUGAGCAGCAGGCCAAGAAGCUCUUCCCACAGGUGUUUGUUCCUGUCUGCAAUCCGGACGGCACUUACAGCGAGGUGCAGUGCCACAGCUACACAGGUUACUGUUGGUGUGUCACCCCCAACGGGCGCCCCAUCAGUGGAUCAGCUGUGGCCAAUAAGAAACCAAGAUGCCAAGGGUCAAAACAUGAAAAGGUCAAUCCCAAAGACCCGGGAAAAUCAGUCUCCUUGCAAAUCUUUUCCAUUCUGAAUGCAGAUGAAUCAACAGUAACAAUCAUGGAGCCUCCGCCCUCAACGGACGAGGAAGACAUCAUCUCUCAGUACCCCACCCUCUGGACUGAACAGGUCCGAAGCCGUCAAACCAACAGAACAAGAACACAAGCCUCGUCAUGUGACCAGGAGCAGCAGUCAGCUCAGGAGGAGGCGCGGCAGCACAAGAACGAGGCGGUGUUCGUACCCGACUGUGCCCACGGCGGUCUCUACAAGCCCGUGCAGUGCCACCCCUCUACCGGGUACUGCUGGUGUGUGCUGGUGGACACCGGACGCCCCAUCCCAGGCACCUCCACCCGAUAUGAACAGCCAAAAUGUGACGGAAAUGCAAGAGCCCACCCUACCAAACCAAAGGACCAUUACAGGAGCAGACAUCUUCAAGGGUGUCCCGGGGCCAAGAAGACAGAGUUUCUGACAAGUGUUUUGGAUGCGCUAUCAACAGAUAUGGUGCACGCUGUCACCGACCCUGCAUCUGCGUCUAGGAUGCUGGAGCCGGACCCCAGCCACACGCUGGAGGAGAGGGUGGUGCACUGGUACUUCAGCCAGCUGGAUAAGAACUCCAGCGGAGACAUCGGCAAGAAGGAGAUCAAGCCCUUCAAGCGCCUCCUGCGUAAGAAGUCCAAGCCCAAGAAGUGCGUGAAGAAGUUCGUAGAGUACUGCGACAUCAGCAACGACAAGGCCCUGUCCCUGCAGGAGCUGAUGGGCUGUCUGGGCGUCACCAAGGAGGAGGGGGCUAAAACAGGUGAAGGCACAACUUCCAGUAAACAGAAUGCUUCAAAGAAACAAGGUUAAGUGGGCCUGGCUGGAGACAACAGGGUCUCCUGUGUCCCUGAGAUUCUGCGCUCACCAAACAGCGAUGGA